AUGGCUUCUUUUUCAUCUCUUGUGCUUCCGUCUAUUUCCCUCAGAAGGAGCUCAAUCUCAACUUGUAAUUUGGGUUUCAGGAAUGAAAUUUCAAGAAUUUCCCUCGAGAAUUUGGAUAGAGGAGGUGGGGUUUUCAUGAGCGUCGCUGUUGGAUCUCAAACCACUGUCGUUGACGAUGCGCUCUUCAAAGAUUAUAAACUUUCUCAUGCAUUCCUCUUUCCUGGCCAGGGUGCACAAGCUGUUGGAAUGGGUGUGGAGGCUCAAAAAGUGACUGUUGCUGCUGAGUUAUACAAGAGAGCAAAUGAUAUUUUGGGGUUUGACCUUUUGGAUGUUUGCAUCAAUGGACCAAAAGAAGAGCUUGAUUCCACGGUUUUAAGCCAGCCUGCUAUCUACGUCACAAGGGAAGUCACAAGUUUAGCUGCAGUUGAAGUUCUUAGAGCUCGUGAUGGAGGUCAGGCAAUAAUUGAUUCUGUGGAUGUCACAUGUGGUCUAAGCUUAGGGGAAUACACUGCUCUUGCAUUUGCUGGAGCUUUCAGCUUUGAGGAUGGGCUCAAGCUGGUCAAGCUAAGGGGUGAAGCUAUGCAGGACGCUGCUGAUGCCACUAAAAGUGCCAUGGUUAGUAUCAUUGGACUGGACUCUGAGAAGGUGCAACAGCUGUGUGAAGCAGCCAAUCAAGAAGUGGACAAAGCAGACAAAGUUCAAAUUGCAAAUUUCUUAUGUCCUGUAAUCUCUGGAGGCUUGAAAGGAAUUGAAGCAGUGGAAGCAAAGGCAAAGUCAUUCAAGGCCCGAAUGACGGUUCGUUUAGCCGUAGCUGGUGCUUUUCACACUACUUUUAUGGACCCAGCUGUCUCAAGAUUGGAAGCUGCUUUGGCAUCAACAGAAUUGAGGACUCCCAGAAUACCAGUUAUAUCCAACGUUGACGCCCAACCACAUGCAGAUCCAGACACGAUAAAGAAAAUACUAGCUCGCCAGCUGACCUCUCCUGUUCAAUGGGAGACGACAGUGAAGACUCUGUUAAACAAUGGAGUCGAAAAGUGUUAUGAAUUGGGACCUGGAAAGGUUAUAGCUGGCAUUGUCAAAAGAAUGGACAAAAGUGCUGAUGUUGAUAACAUUGGUGCCUAA